AAUUUUCCCUCCCCAAAUUCUGAGUUUCCCUCGCUCCAUAGGCCUAAGUAUUUCUGUCCCCCUCCUAAAUCUCCAAAAUUUGGAAUCGAUUUUCCUAAAACUCAAAAACCCAUUCGAACCUAACUGCAAAAUUCAGAAGCUCAACUCUAAUCCAUCAACGACAAGUGGUCAGUAGGUGACUUUGUGUUGAUUUCGGGUGAUUUCUUCCUAAUCCUCUGCAUUUCUUCUAUAUUCAUGGGUUGAUUUCGUUCAAGAGACAAGUAUUUGGGUUGAUUUCAUCCUCUUGCUACCUUCCAAUUUCCCUGAAUUUCAGAGUGGGCAUUUGAAUAAAAGGAGGAGAGUUGGGAGCAGCCGCAAUUGAGGGAUUGCCGUAGUAAUAGCAAUGUUAAUAAGGGAAAUAAUGGGAGCUUCAGGAAGAGAAAGCGAGAUUGUACCAAGAAUCUGGAGAAAGAUUUAUCUAGUUCAAUCACAAAGAAAAAAUGGUUCAGGUUAGGUUUGAUGGUUUCUAAGAACUCGGCAAGAAAUUUAUGUAGUUUCUUAUUUUUUGAACUCAUUAAUUUAUUCUUUCUGUUUGGUUCUCUUGAUUAAAUUAAUGGAAGAAGCUGUGACCUUAAUAGGUUGAGUUUUGAUGGUGUUCAUCCUGAAGCAUUCAUUGGGUUGCGGUGCAAGGAACGAUUUAGAUGAUCCUUCUAUGUUUCUAAAUUUUAGUAGCCUAAUCAUUUUUCCCCAAUUGAAAUUAAACUGGUUGAGUACAGGUCUUUUGGCCAUUGGAUGUUGACUAGUAUAUGGGUCGAGUUAUUGGAUACAAGACAUAGUGUUAAGUAUGAAGAUGGGGAUCAGGAAGAUUUGGUUCUUUCAAAUGAGAAUAUAAAGUUUUGUAUUUCUUUGGAGGAGAUGGGAUGCUUGAACCUUAGUUGCAAUGUUAAUAGUGAUGAUAAUGAUGGCUAUCAUUAUGAUGAGAUGGUUGUGUUGGCUGCCUCUUUAGAUGACUGCAAGGACUUGAGCCCGGGGAUAUCAUAUGGGCUAAACUCACUGGCAUUAACAGGCCACAAUAUGUUACCAUGGCUGAGCAGUGUAGGUCAUGCUCUGUGGCCAGCAAUUGUUGUGGAUGAAUCCCUUAUUGUUGGUUGCAAGGGUUUAAGCAAAAUUUAGGGAGAAAGAUCAAUUCCCGUACAAUUCUUUGGUACCCAUGAUUUUGCGAGGUCUUCUUUUUCUCAUUAAAUUGUGGGAAAUCUGAUCUUCCAGGUUGCAUUAAUAUGUUACUUUUUUCUUGAAUGCUGAUGCCAUUUUCUUCUGGUAAUUACCAAAAUAAAACUGAAACUGGUGGUCUCAUUUCUUAAAGGACUUCUCUCUUCCUUCCAUCUAAAGUACAAGAAACCUCGUUUCACUCAAGGCUUGGAAGAAGCAAAAAGGUAAACUUUACACAAACACACACACACACACACAUACACAUUUUAAUAUUUGAAAGAAUGAGACUUUCGUUUAGUCAACAGGUGAUACACAUUUUAAUAUCUGGUUAGCUUCAUCUGUGAAAAUUCAUGGGUGGAUGCAUGUGGACAAAAAGAAUAGACUAGACUUAUCUUGGUGAGAGUCUAAAUUCAAAAAAUGUGAUGCUGUAAAUCAGAGUUGAGGCGAAUAAUAUUAAACAAUAGUAAACUCCUGUGGCAAGUAAGGUCCCUAUAUGUUCCACUUUCUUGCAAGCCAUAUGCAAGGAGUUCUGUCUUUAAGAUAGAUUUGUACUAACUGUCUCUCCAUUUCUGUUUUCCAGAAGUGAAGUUGGUAACACAAGCAAAAGCACUUCAAUUGUUUCUGCACUUGGGUCUUCUGAAAGGUUUUAAAUCUCUUUCACAUGCCUUUUCUAUCUUUGUGAUGCUAUUACAAACUUAUGACAUGUUCUUCUAUUGUAAGUCCUACUUAGUUACUUAUGUACUUUGGUGUGCUAAAUUAAUCUUGCUUAUGUUA